AUACCUGGCUAUGCGGCCGUUCUUGUCUCGGACACCUGCGACGCUCCUUCGCGAUUGUCUCCUCGUUCGCGGUGAAUCAUCCCGAAACGCGCGGGUUGUCGCGUUGCGCGGGAUAUCGCGCUACCACGUCGCCGUCAGCUGUCCCGCGAGCGACCGCAGGGGCACGACCAUCUGCGCCCUGUCCUCCGGUCACGGGAAGUGCGGCGUGGCGGUGGUGAGAAUAUCGGGAAGCCGGUCUCUGGAGGCGCUGAAGAAGAUGACGAGCAUAUCCAAGCUGGAACCGAGGAGAGCCUUCCUGCGAAAAAUACGCGAUCCGGAAACGGGAGAGGUCAUCGACAAUGGGCUCUGCUUGUGGUUUCCCGGUCCGCACUCGUUCACCGGCGAGGACUCCGUGGAGUUUCACGUGCACGGCGGUCCGGCGAUCCUGACGCGGCUGAUGCAAGCCCUCUCGAGGCUGCAGGUGCAUCCGGCGCAGCCGGGCGAGUUCACCAGACGCGCCUUCUACAACAACAAGUUGGACCUGACGGAGGUGGAGGGCCUGGCCGAUCUGAUAGAGGCCGAGACCGAGUGUCAGAGGAAGCAGGCGUUGUUGCAGGCCGACGGUAUCCUGCGCAAGCUGUACGAUAGCUGGCGGAAGGUGCUCGCGGAGUCCGUGGCGAGUAUCGAGGCGUACAUCGACUUCGGCGAGGAGGACAACAUCGAGAGCGACGUGAUGCAGAACGCGCAUCGCGCUCUCAGACAGCUGAUGCGGGAUCUGGAGGAGCACCUGGCCGACGGCAGGCGGGGCGAAAUCCUGCGCAACGGCGUGAGGACCGUGAUUGUCGGCGAGCCCAACGUGGGCAAGAGCAGCCUGCUGAAUCGUCUGGUGCAGCGAAAUGCAGCCAUCGUCACCCCCAUCGCCGGCACCACGAGGGACGUCAUCGAGCUGACCGCGAACAUCUCGGGUUAUCCCGUGCUGAUAGCGGACACCGCCGGUAUCACGGAGGACACCGGGGACAUCGUCGAAGUCGAGGGUGUCCGUCGGGCGAGGAGCCACGCGGAGCACGCCGAUUUCGUGAUCGUCGUGGUGGACGCGUUCAAGUGCGCGACUAGCGGUAUGACGUACGAAGACUACAUACGCGAAUACCUGUCGUCGCUAGGGAUGCAGGAACUAUUGGCGAAACUUGGGAGAGAACGUUUUGUCGUAAUAGCGAAUAAAAAAGAUUUGCUGAAGGAGGAGGAGGAACGGCGCCUCCGCGGCGCUGAAGUGGUUCUGAUAUCUUGCAGAACGGAGGACGGCUUUCAGAACUUGCUGCGAUCGCUGACGGAACGCUUCAGUAAUAUAUGCGGCAAUCCAUCCGCGGAGAGCCCGACCAUCAGUCAGGCGAGGCACAGAAAUCACCUGGCGCAGUGCUCGAGGCAUCUGCGGAGUUACUUCGAGUUGUGCGCCAACGAGCAACACGACGUGGCCAUAGCGGCGGAGGAAAUUCACAAAGCGAUGCGAGAACUCGGAAGGAUAACGGGACACGUCAGCACUAAUGAAAUACUAGACAUUAUAUUCAAAAAUUUUUGUAUCGGCAAAUAAGGCGCUGCUACUUGUGUACAAGAGACGUCGUUUUUGUAUUUUCUUAUAAGAUACUUUGCAAUAUUUUAAAAUUAUCUUGAAAGAUGUAUGGAGCACCGGUUCUCCAUAUAACUGUCUGCUGUGACGAAGAGAAAGACUAGAAUUGUAAAUCGGAGUUAUCUGUGCAUAUAUAUGUAAAUAUCAAAUUUUUCUUCUUUAUUUAAGGAAACAUCUUGAUCAAGCAUCGUUGCAGAGCACGUUGCGGUAGAGUGAAAUAAAAUGAAUGGAAAAAAGGGGGCCUUCAUAAGCAUCGUAUGUUUAUUAACAAUGUUACACGCACAAUCAUACAUAGAACAACCUUUUGCCUGAUUAUAAGAUAUCGAUACCCUACGCGUUAUACACAGAUAGGGCUCCGUU